CGUAAGCGCAAUCUGCGGGUCACAUGUUUCAGUUCAAGACACAGCUUCGAUAUCAAAACACAGCGGAGGUAGUAUAUUACUGAUUGCAAUUCACUAGCGUUCUUGACAAAGAUUCUCCAUUUUUCCAACGUCUGCGAAUACCAAUGGCGGACGUAGAAGAUAAGGCGAAAGCUGAGAAGCUUGCCGCUGCUAAGAAACGGGUUGCGCAACUCCAAAAACAGCAAGCGAAGGCUAGGAAGAAAGGCGCCGGGACAGGGGAACAAAGUAAAAAGGGAGGAGCUGCGUCGCCGUCGACGACCGAGGCAGAAGUUCCCCCCUCCAUCUCUUCUCCUCCGGCAGCCCAGGAAGAAGAACAGCAGCAGCAACAGCAACAACAACAAGAAGACUCUUCCCCCCAAGAACCCUCCAUCUCGCCUCGCGCCGCAGAGUCUGAAGAAUCCCUAGAGCCAGAACCAGAGCCCGUAAAAGAAACAACCACGAGCGAAUCCCCUUCCACACGAACCGCACACGCCCGCAAGCAAUCCCUAUCCGUUCAAUCGAAACUCCGCUCCUCCGACUUCCGCCGCUCCUCCGUCAGCCAACAGACGGGCGUUCAACCGGUUCCCCAAUCUACUAUUAUCAAAUCGCCCUCGUUACCACCGCUCAGCCCAGAUGGUGACUCUGUACCAGAGGUGUUUAGGAAACAGGCGUUGCGGCUUGAGGAGUUGGAGAGGGAAAAUAGGCGGCUUGAGCGGGAGUUAGAGGAGGCUGGGGCGCGGUGGAAGAAGUCAGAGGAGAAGCUGGAGGAUCUGAGAGAGGCGAGAGUGGAGUUGGUUGAGGUGCAGGAUCGAUUGGGGAAGGCGGAGAAGAGGGCGGAGGAAGUGGAGAGGUUGAAAGCGGAAAUCACAGCGCUACAACGGCAGAAUGCGCUGCUGCAUAGCAAGUCGCAUCGGACGAAUAGUGGAGCUACAGGUGGAAAUUCAGAGUCACCCCAGUCAGACUUGCGCGCCCAAUUGGAUUCUAAAUCCGCGACGAUUGAAGCUAUGGAAUUGGAAAUAUCGAACUUGCGCGCCCAGCUCAAUUCACAAUCUUCGACUUCGUCUGCUAGUCAGGAACAGAUAUCUGCUUUGGAAGAAAAGCUCGCCCGGAGCGAAGCAUCACUCGAGGCAGCUCAACGCGAGCUCACAGACACUAAACACUCGUUGAACCGCGCAGCAGAGAAGGCUGUAAAGGAGGGGGUUGAGAAAACCUCGACAGAGACCCUCAUUAAGAAUCUACAACGACAACUUCAAGAAGCAGAAUACGCGAAGACAGAAGCUGAUAAGAAAAUCGAGACCCUCGAGAAAAAGUUGCAAGCCCUCGGCAAUUUACACAAGGAAUCAGAAAACAGAAAUAACAUCCGUCUCCGCGAACGUGAUAAGUUCGAAAAGGACGCAGCAACGCUCAAACGCAAGCUCGUGACGAUUGAAAACGAGAACCUACGCCUUCGAGAGGAGCGCGAUCGCAUGCGGAAGCGCGAGGCCAGUAACACCGGAGACGAUGAAGCUAUCGACGAACUCGAGGAUGAAGAGCGGCAGCGGCUCGAGAGACGCGUGCGCGAGCUUGAGGGUGAAAACUUCGACCUGCGUCGUGGUAUUUGGAAAGAGAGGAAACGCGAGCUGUCCGAGGCUGGCCACCAGGGCGACUACGCGGGCGAGGAUCGUCCCUUCGACCGCCCGUCGUCUACUGACGCCGGUGCUGCCGCGUUUGAUGACAUAGAUCUCGUUGGCGGGGUACCUGGGAGCGGACCCGAGCACGCGCGCCGCAAAGGGUCGCAGCAGCCGCAGAAACAUUCAUCGUUCACUACCGUGCUCUCUAGCGGCCUUGCGGCUUUUAGGGGAGACUCGGGUAGUCCAGCGGCUGCAGCCUAUGGACAACGUAGCAGGACUGGGUCGACUUGGAGUCAUGGCACGGGAUUCUCACGGAAUCAGCUCUUGUCGGAGAAAAUGGGCGACGGUGGUGGUGGUGGUGGUGACGAGGACGAUGGGCUAUGGGAUGACGGGGAUAUUGAUCCGGUUGCGUACGCAGCAGCCCAGGCGGCUGAGGAGAAGAAGAUGAGGGGCGAGCGUGUUAAGGAGAUUCAUGAGACGUUGAAGAAUUGGAAGGGGUGGAGGUUGGAUUUGGUGGAGUCGAGGUAUGGAGCUCAGGGGGCUGGGGUGGGACUUGGGGAGAUUUUUGAGGUUUGACAUGCCCCUACAAGUUUCCGGUGUUUUGUUGGAUGCUGGUUGGUAUUGAUCACUUAAGAUGAGCUGUCAUGUUAUGUUUAACAUCUAUUAUGCGUUAUGUGUUAUUACUGGGAAUGGCGUGGUAUGUUAUUUGACUGGGAACGGGCUUCUCUAUUAAUGGCUCACUGUUUUUAUUUAUCGUUGCGGCAUACUAUAUUUCUCUCUUGGUGUGUCAUUUUCACUACAGCGAAUUUUAAAGUCAUCAUCUUUGGAACUUGCAUAGUUUUUCUAACCCUUUCAAAUCUCCAUUUUCCUUCCUGAAACCUAUACUUUUUGAAAAUUCUAGUCUCUUAAUGCCAACAAUCUAUCAGCAUUGAAGUUUUUUAUAAGCUGGACUGU